AUGGAAUUAUCGGCCCUAAAAUAUCCGACAGACGGCGUCAUUGCCGUGGGAACAGAUCUCAAAAUGCUUUUAGUGUGCCUUAAAUCUCGAGAGCGGAAUCCGAAGCUGUAUCGUUGCCUCAAUAAAAAUAUUCUCCCCCGCAGAGAUAAAGCUGGACCUCUGGUAUUUCGCAGGGGAGGGCGGCCUCCGCUUUUACGAGGAGGCGCUGGCCAAUGGGUGCCGAUCCUCUUAUUUAUACGGAAUAUCCGGGAUGGAGGACAGCCUUUGCCAGAACAAGAUAAUGAUGAAAUCGCCUGUAACAGGGCGCGAUAG